AUGAGAAUGAUAGUAUUGUUUGCACUCCUAAAAUAUGAUCUUGAGUUCAACGACGAGCAGAUGGGCUUUAAUUUAGUCAAACCUUCAUGGUUCCAUCACGGUUUCUUUAAUCUCUUCGGAGAACUCGUCGGAGCUAGAGCUGUUCUUGCUCGUUCCGCAUCAUUCCAAGCUUUGCAGUUUGGUUUAAUCAACGUCGAUUGCGACUAUUCCAUGCUCGUGGUAACCUAUUCAGGGAUAGGUCUGAAGAUCUCCCAUGGUUCUCCGCUUGUCGAGCAAGCAUAUCUCGUUAACUUUGUUUAUCUAUUGUUCUGCUACUGUGUUCUGCUUUAUGUUGUUCAUCAAACCGUUGAGGAUUCCUCCGUUUAUUAUCCUUUUAUCUUUGAGCAUAGUUCUGGAUGUAAUCGCUUAAACUCUUUCUAG